AUGGCUCCAACAAAAGGGACGAUUCGAAAGAAAGCGCAUCUUCCGCUUGUUCUCGAAAACGUGGAUAAGGCAAAGGAGGCCUUCAAGAAUGUGAGCAGCGCGUGGGAGAAAGAGUUGGACAAAAUGAUUGCUCGAAUGGAAGUUUUGGAUCGCGAAUUAUUGGAUGAUGGAAAGGAUGACGAAUUGGGCGAAUUGUCUGUGACGGGACAGAUCAUGAUUGAAAAAUCUAUCGAUAAACUAAUAGAUAAUAUGGAGGAAUUUGAUCGCCAACACAAGAAUCUACACACGGAAGUUUCGAAAAUCGGGAGGAUCAUCGAGCGUCAUUUUCCAUGGGAUAUCACCGGUAACUUUCGACGAGAAAAGAAUUUGGAAGAACGACGAUAUCAAAAUGAUGCGUGCCAGUUGAUACAUGAUAUGUUGGUUACGGAUGGAAACUAUGACCUAGCAGACGAUUUCAAUGAGAAAGUGAUUCCGAAUUUGAAUCUGGGAGCAAUAGAUGAAUGGGCGACAAUUAAAGAAUGCCGAACCGCUAUGACAGAUGUAGAACUGGAGGACGACUAUUUUUUCGCUAUGCGAUUCAUUGAGACCUGGUUGCCCGAGAAAGAGGAGUUUCAGAUGGAAAUGUGCAAACACUAUGUUAUGAAACAAAUUUGUGAAGGAGAAGAAUUCAAAAGUAUUGACACAUUAAUAUGGUUCGAUACAAAAACAUAUCACAAGGACGUCGCGCGACUAUGCGGAGCAAUUCUAUUUGGAAAAUCAGCGAUAUCUAACCCUCGCUACAGUGAUAUGUACGACCCGGACGGCUGGGCAAAUUCGAAGCUUCUCCUCAAAGAAUUAACGGGAAGAGCGCAUACUACAAUGGCUGAAAUAUUCCAUGUUGGAAGAGCAAUGAUUUCGAAAUUGUCAAGUUUGCGAAAAACAUUCUUCAAAGAAUGUCUGGAUAUUGACGAAGAAUUGCCUGUGGAAGUAUAUCCUGUGAAGCAGAUUCAUUCUACAUUUACUUGUCCGAUUCUGAAAGAGCAGACGACUGGAAAAAAUCCUCCAAUGAAAUUGCAAUGCGGACAUGUUAUUUCCAAAGAGGCAAUGAAUCGAUUGACAUCAACUCGUGUGGUGACUUCGCGAUCGCAAAUGGGAAGGCAAACGCGACUCAAGUGCCCAUACUGUCCGAAGGAGCAAAAUAUGGAAGCUGCAAAACAAGUGUAUUUUUCGCAUGUAUCGGACGAUUAUUGGGAUUAA